GUAUGCCUGUUAGUCUGUAUGUAUAAUGUUAAUGUAUCAUGUAUGCCUAAAUCCUGAUUGAAAUCCAUGCCUUUUGCUGCCAUUUGUUAAUUGUUGGGUGGUCCUUUGUGGUUUGUCAUUUAUGUUUCUAAGUGUAGGGAAGCCGAGUCUUUGGUUAAUGGUGAGCUUUCAAGUUUUGAGUUUAUUGUAAGUUUGGUUAUUUGGCAUGUUAAUAUUCCUUAUUUCUUUAAUCCCAGCCUAGGUACAGUAAAAGAGGCAGAGGAAAGGAAUUUGCUGCAGAAAUUAUCAGAAGCUUGCAUUGUUGAUUUCUCUUAGAUUGACUCUUCAACUGCACAAACACCGUCACACUGUGCUUACCCUGCUUCAAAUUCCUGGAUCUACAACUGGUUUGUGUUAAGUUUUUGUAAUGAUGCGGACCAAAGAUUUGGUCUUUGAGACAUGUCGAGUGGGUUAACGACAGUCAUUGCACAGCUUCAGAAAGGCUUGAUUGCCACCAACUCCAUAACCACCACCGCCUCUUUGUGUUUACAGCACUUCUCGGGUUGAGGUGAUCAUGAGUAGGGCAUUACAUAGUUUCUCAAGCACUCGUAUGUGUUGUGGACGUGGUCAUACAUGUGAGGGACUUUUCAGAGUUGGGUUGAGGAGGGUCACUGUAGUCAGUGGUGGAUUUGCUAAAGCUACAAGCCUCAAGCCCCGAAGAGCCUCUUUUUCUUUUGAAAGCCGAACUAAUGGGUCUUACUCUGCUUUCCCUUUUCAGCCACUAUUAAGAAGUGGUUCUGCAGACUACAUGGAACCAAUGAAUUAUGGUAUAAUAAAUGGUGGCUUUGGAUUCUUUGCACCCUAUAAAGGUGCCUUCACUUUCUCUCAGGUCCCAAGAGCAGUAACAUCUAAAAAUAUUGCAUGUGAUGGAGAAAAAAGGGGGAAGAGCAAAUCCUUCCUUGCAUUUAAUAAACAUUGGAAGCAAUCUAAAACAUUGACUCACAAGAAGCCAUUAGAAUUUGGAGGAAGAACAUAUCUUAAAUCUAGCAUAAAUGCCCUUGAGAAUCAUGAUUCCAUUGCCUCCAGAGAUCCACUUUUAGAAGAUGGCAAGAAAGAAAUGAAUGUUGUUGUUCCACCUCUCACUAACAAGGAAGAUCAAUUGUCCAAGGCCAAAGUGAAAAAGAAGCAGCAAACGAAAAUUAAAAAAGUUAAAGAGAAGUCUACUGUUGCUUCUGAGGAACCAGCACCACAAGCAAGUUCUAGAAAAGUUUCUCAAUCAAAAAAGUCCAAGAGUGCCAAGGUAUGUAAAGUUAAUUUUAUAUGUAAGCAAAGUUAUAUGCUUUCUUUUAGCAAUAUGUCAAUUGAAUGGUAUUGUUUUCAGGUUGGCUCAACCUUGAAUUCUUCAAUUGAAGUAAGUUUGGAAGAGGAACAAUCCAAAGGGACAACGAAUAAGACUCGGGAAAGAAAACCCAAAAUACAGGUCAAAUCUACUGUGGAAAACUCAACUGUUGGUGAAUUACCUUCAAAGUCAAAAACCAGCGCAAUUGUCGAGAAUAAAAAAAUAAGCCCACUGUAUCCUCCCUCUGGUAAAUCUGUUGUGGUGGUGGAGUCUGCCACAAAGGCAAAAGUCAUUCAAGGAUAUCUUGGAGACAUGUUUGAAGUCCUUCCUAGUUAUGGUCAUGUAAGGGACUUGGCUGCAAGGUCAGGAUCUGUGCGACCAGAAGACGAUUUCAGCAUGGUUUGGGAAGUUCCUUCUGCUGCCUGGACUCAUCUUAAGAGUAUCAAGGUCGCAUUAGCUGAAACUGAAAAUCUUAUUCUUGCGUCAGAUCCUGAUCGCGAGGGUGAGGCUAUUGCUUGGCACAUCAUUGAGAUGUUGCAACAACAAAAUGCGUUGCCUGAAAAUAUUAACGUAGCCCGAGUUGUGUUUAAUGAAAUAACUGAAUCCUCCAUCAAAGAAGCCUUGCAGGCUCCAAGAGACAUUGAUUUCAACUUGGUUCAUGCUUACCUUGCACGACGAGCUCUUGAUUAUUUGAUUGGAUUCAACAUAUCUCCGUUAUUAUGGAGAAAGUUGCCUGGUUGCCAGUCAGCUGGUCGAGUCCAGUCUGUUGCUUUAGCUAUUAUAUGUGAUAGGGAGACGGAAAUUGAUCAAUUUAAACCACAAGAGUAUUGGACAAUUGAAGGUGGGUUUAAUAAGGAAAAGGGUUCAAGCAACUUCUCUUGCCCAUCACACUUGACACAUUAUGCUUCCAAAAAGCUAAACCAAAUGUCGGUAACUUGUCAAAUGGAGGCAAAUGCUAUUGAGGAUGUGCUCAGAUCUUCAGAGUUUAAAGUAGUUGGAUCUAGUAAAAAGAAGUACAAGAGAAUAUCUCCACCUCCAUAUAUAACAUCUACCCUUCAACAAGAUUCUGCAAGCAAAUUACACUUUCCAUCAGCAUAUACCAUGAAACUUGCUCAGAAGCUAUAUGAAGGAGUUAAGUUGCCUGAUGGCAAGUCAGCAGGGUUGAUUACAUACAUGAGAACCGAUGGAUUACACAUAUCUGAUGGAGCUGUUGAGGACAUUAGGUCAUUUGUUACAGAAAGAUAUGGACAUAAUUUUAUCUCGAACAAUGCUCGCAAGUUUUUCAAGAAGGUAAAAAAUGCUCAAGAGGCCCAUGAAGCGAUUAGGCCUACAGAUAUACAAAGGCUUCCCUCGAUGCUUGCUGGAAUUCUUGAUGAAGAUUGCUUGAAAUUGUAUACUCUAAUAUGGUCUCGUUCAAUUGCAUGUCAAAUGGAACCUUCAGUCAGUGAACAAAUACAAGUUGAUAUUGGAAAUGCUAUUGGCUCUAUUAUUUUUCGAGCCUCAAGCUCAAGAAAGGACUUUCUUGGAUUCCAGGCUGUAUAUAAGGAUGUUGAAACCGAGACAAUUAGGAAUGAUGAAGACCAAGAAGAUGAGCAAAAUGAGUCUUUUGAGGUUCUCAAUAACUUAAAGUCUGGGGAUUCAAUGAGUCUUGGAAAGUUAGAACUCAAGCAACAUCAUACUCAACAUCCGCCACGCUACUCGGAGGGUUCAUUGGUAAAAAAGAUGGAGGAGCUUGGAAUUGGUAGACCUUCAACUUAUGCAACCACAAUCAAAGUUUUGAAGGAUAGAAAUUAUGUUAUAGUAAAAAAUAGAGUACUUUAUCCAGAAUUUCGUGGGCGUAUGGUCUCAGCAUUCCUCUAUCAUCACUUCUCUGAGGUUACCAAUUAUAGCUUUACAGCUGAUAUGGAGACUGAACUUGAUAAUGUUUCGGGGGGUAUGACUGAAUGGAAAGGUCUACUUAGAGAUUAUUGGACAAGAUUUAGCAAGUAUUGUGAACGUGCUAGUGUUGUUCAUAUUCAUCAGGUGGAGAAGAUGUUGGAGAAAACAUUUGGUGAUUUCUUGUUCGCUUCUCUUCCUGACCAAAGUAGAACAUGCCCAAGCUGUAGCGAGGGUACUUUAAUUUUCAAAGUUAGUCGAUUUGGUGCAGGUUAUUUCAUUGGUUGUGAUCAACAUCCACAGUGCAAGUAUAUUGCUAAGACAUUAUAUGGUGAUGAUGAUGACGAUGCAAGCCCAGAUAAUGGCAGAGCUGUGGAGGAGCCGAAGGUUCUUGGUCUGCAUCCUGGCUCUAAUGAAAAGAUUCUAUUGAAGGAUGGUCCAUAUGGUCACUAUGUUCAGCUUGGAGAAGACAAAAAGGGACACUUGCCUAAACGAGCUUCUGUCUCCCAGAUUUCAGAUGUUAGCUCUAUUACCUUGGAAGAUGCUCUUCAGUUGCUGCGUUAUCCCAUCACUUUGGGAAAACAUCCGGAUGAUGGGCAACCAGUGGUGCUGAAGCUUGCGAGGGCUGGACUGUCGGUAAAACAUAGACGUACACAAGCGCCAGUACCAAAGAACACGAAUCCGGACGACAUAACCCUGGAGAAAGCGAUGAAGUUUUUGAUGGGUAAAGAUGCAAAGCAAACGGGGCGGCCGAAGAAGAACAGAGACAAGGAAAAAGUUGAGGUUUUGUAGGAUAUAUAGAAUGGAGUUUGUUAUUUUUAUACGGCUACAAUUCAUAAUUUAUAUCAAGAGAUGUUUUUGUCAUCAAUACGGUUGUUUAAAAAAAAAUAUUAUCACUCACUCGAAACGAGUUGAGUCGAGUAGUAGGUUAUUCGAGAUCGACUUGAAAAAUAAAUACCAGGUUAGAGCCCGACUCGGCUCAUUUGAAAAUUUUAA